CUCAUUUUCUUCCUGUCAUUCUCUCUCAAUCUUUGAUGAUUGUCCCACCGCGCUGAGCCUCAAGUCUCAUCCACCACGACCUUUUCUGUUUCUUUUCAUAUAUAAACUUACCAGCGGAACACGCUUCCUCUUGGAUUUUUCAUUGAGAUAUAACGGCCACCUCACUUUUUUUGCAUACUGGGUUUUUAUACUUUGAACUUACUCUCAUAGGUUGACCAUGGCCGUACCGGCUGCUUUGAUCCCACCGAACACGCUGGUUCAGCCGUCUCCGAUCGCAACUUCAGCUCCAACCUCUUCGCCCUCGGCAACUUCUUCACCGUCUCCAUCUGUGGCCCCAACUGCACAGAGUCUUUUCCGAUCGGAGCUGAUGACCACCGGCAGUCCCGGCAUCCCGACCGCCGCCACGCUUCCCAGCAAACCCGUGUACUCGACCCCGUCGCCUGUUGAAAACACACCACAGAAUAAUGAGUGUAAAAUGGUAGAACUCAGAGGCGCUAAGGUAGCCUCGUUCACCGUGGACGGCUGCGAGCUCAUCUGCCUUCCCCAGGCUUUCGACCUGUUUCUGAAGCACCUGGUAGGAGGACUGCACACGGUCUACACCAAGCUGAAGAGACUGGAGAUCACGCCGGUAGUGUGCAAUGUUGAGCAGGUCCGCAUUUUGAGGGGACUCGGGGCCAUCCAACCCGGCGUGAACCGGUGCAAACUCAUCUCCAGAAAGGACUUCGAGACGCUUUACAAUGACUGCACAAAUGCGAGCUCAAGACCCGGGAGGCCCCCGAAGAGGACGACGCAGAGUGUUACAUCGCCAGAGAACCCCCACAUAAUGCCACACACCGUCCCCGGCCUAAUGUCUCCCGGAAUGAUUCCCCCCACAGGUCUCACUGCUGCUGCAGCUGCCGCGGCCGCUGCCACCAACGCCGCCAUCGCUGAGGCCAUGAAGGUCAAGAAGAUCAAGCUGGAGGUCAUGAGCAGCUACCACAACAACAACCAGCAUGGCGCCGGCGACUCAGAGAAUGGUGACCUCAGCUCCAGUGUGGGAAGGUGUUAUGCAGACCUGGGGAGAUUGAUGGAUCAACAUUUCCAUCUAUCUGAGAGGUUAUUAGUCAGCACAAUGAGCUCAGGAGGCUUAGAACUUCCAUUCAUGAUGAUGCCCCACCCCCUAAUCCCAGUCAGCCUGCCUCCCGCCUCGGUCACCAUGGCAAUGAGUCAGAUGAACCACCUCAGCACCAUCGCCAAUAUGGCUGCCGCAGCACAGGGACAGAGUCUGCCAUCCAGAAUGGUGACUUCCGUCAUCAAGGAGCGCGUUCCCGAUAGCCCGUCUCCCGCCCCUUCCCUGGAAGACGGCCGGAGACCAGGCAGCCAUCCAUCAUCUCAGCGCAGCAGCAGUGUGUCCAGCUCCCCCGCGCACACCGAGAGCUCCUCAGACAGAAUACCCAUCCACCAGAACGGGCUCUCCAUGAACCAUGCCCUCCUGGGCCUCUCCCCCAGCAUCCUGCCCGGACCCAAGGAGGGAGACGUCGCCCACGACAUGAGCCACGAGUCCAAGAGAAUGCACUUAGAGAAAGAAGAAAACCCCCUGUGCACGCCAACAGCGAGGGACAGCUACGAGAGGCUGUCGCUGGCCAGCCAGGCUCUGCCGCCCGGAUUCCCCUCCCCCUUCCUCUUCCCUGACGGCCUGUCCUCGAUAGAGACUCUGUUGACUAACAUCCAGGGCCUGUUAAAGGUGGCCAUAGAUAACGCACGCGCCCAGGAGAAGCAGGUGCAGCUGGAGAAGACAGAGCUGAAGAUGGAGCUGUUCAGAGAGCGGGAGCUCCGAGAGACUCUGGAGAAACAGCUCGCCAUCGAGCAGAAGAACAGAGCAAUAAUUCAGAAGCGUCUGAAGAAGGAGAAGAAGGCCAAGAGAAAACUGCAGGAAGCCCUGGAGUACGAGUCCAAGCGCCGGGAGCAGGUCGAGCAGACGCUCAAGCAGACGUCACCCUCUGACAGCCUCCGAUCUCUCAACGACUCGCUGACCCAAGAGAUGGAGGCUGACCGCAGUGCUGGCAGAACAGAUGCUGAAAGGACAAUACAAGAUGGAAGACUCUUUUUAAAAACCACAGUGAUGUACUGAUAAGACACUGCAAAGAAGUUGAAGACGCAUGAAGACUCACAUGAAGAUUCUUGCAAGCGUCUUGCCAGGAUUUUAGUCACACAAACUACUGGUCCAGUUACUUGUGUAACCUCCACUGAGGUGUGUCAAAAGCCAGCGAAAAAAAGUUGAAUCAGAGUUUAGAAUUAGGACUUUCUCACAGACAUCAUCAUAAUCUAGUGAUGGAAGCAAGAUUGAAUGGCUCAAGUCUGCAGUACUGAAGGCAAAACAAAUUGAGCACAGUAAAAAAAAAAACAUGUACCUAGGUGUACACUGGUUAUUAUAUUUCCAACAAAUCCACAGCACUGAAGAUUUUUAUACUGUAUUUAAACCAGCGAGAAAGCUUUGAUGAAAAGGAAAAUCUGCUUCAGAGGUUGUUCUCUUUAUUUCUUUCCUUUCCUUUCUUUUUUAUGUAUUUUAAGAAAUUCUUAACAGUCAUAGAUAUUUGCCAAGAUGACAAAAUAGGGUGGAUGCAGCCUCUGGAAAUGUGAAUUUGAAUAUAUGUUGCUCGACAAAAAAACAACUAAUAUUUGAGUUAAAUGUUUUCUAAAUUAGAAGAAGAUACAAUCAAGUUUCCUUUUUACCAUUGUUGUAUAUACCACAAGAGAGGAUAGGUAAAGUCAUUCACUAUGGUGUAUGUAUAUAAAGUCAAAA